AUGUCUGGUCGUGGUAAGGGAGGUAAAGGACUCGGAAAAGGAGGUGCUAAGCGUCAUCGCAAAGUGCUAUGUGAUAACAUCCAGGGCAUCACCAAGCCCGCUAUCCGUCACCUGGCUCACCACGGAGGAGUGAAGCGAAUCUCCGGGCUGAUCUAUGAAGAGACCCGCGGGGUGUUGAAGGUUUUCUUGAAGAAUGUGAUCCGGGAUGCCGUCAGCUACACUGAACAUGCCAAGAUAAAGGCUGUCAAUGCUAUGGAUGUGGUAUGUGCCCUGAAGCGCCAGGGUCGCACUCUGUACGGAUUUGGAGGUUAA